GCGAGAGGGGCGGGCGGGGGCCGCUGGCUGCGGGCAGCGCGGAGCGGCGGCGACGGAGCAGCCGGAGCCCGGUUGGCGCUGAGGGGAGGCGGCAGAGCAGGCAGGCGGUUAUCCCGCCGCGGCCCGGCCCGGCCGAAGGGACCCGCUCCGCCGCGGCAGGCACGGCCGGCGCCGCCCGCCCUCCCGCACGCCGUGCCCCCGCGGCGCGGCCUGGCCGCGGUUCGGCGAAGCGGGGCCCAGGCGGCGGCGGCGGCCGUGGUGGUUGGUGGUGGCGGCGGCUGGGCUGCUCCGCCGCGCCUGCCCUGCCAUCUUAGGUGCCGUGCCCCGCCGCCUUUGUGCCCGCCGCGCCCGGGCACCCGCGGGGGCCGGGCCCGACGCCCCUCCGGGGGCGCCUCCCCCCGCGGGGCCGCCGCCCCUUGCCCCGCUCCUCCUCCUCCUCCUCCUCCGCGGGGGGCCGACCGGCGCUCCCAGCCCGGCUGCGGCGGAGGUAAUCCAUGCUGAAGAGGCUCCAUUCAUACAGAUGAACCAAGGGUUGAGGCAGCACUUUAAACCCAGAUAGUCGGUCGGCUAACUGCCCAGCAGGAUGCCAUCAACCAGCCGAGCGGGCAGCCUGAAGGACCCAGAAAUUGCAGAGCUCUUCUUUAAAGAAGAUCCAGAAAAGCUCUUCACAGAUCUCCGAGAGAUUGGCCAUGGAAGCUUCGGAGCAGUUUAUUUUGCACGUGAUGUGCGCACCAAUGAAGUGGUGGCCAUCAAGAAAAUGUCAUAUAGUGGGAAGCAGUCCAAUGAGAAAUGGCAGGAUAUUAUUAAGGAAGUCAAGUUCCUCCAAAAAAUAAAACACCCUAACAGUAUAGAAUACAAAGGCUGCUAUUUGCGGGAGCAUACAGCAUGGCUUGUUAUGGAAUAUUGUUUAGGAUCAGCAUCAGACUUACUAGAAGUUCAUAAAAAGCCAUUGCAAGAAGUGGAAAUAGCAGCAAUUACCCAUGGUGCUCUCCAGGGAUUAGCAUACUUGCAUUCUCACAAUAUGAUCCAUAGAGAUAUCAAGGCAGGAAACAUCCUGCUGACAGAGCCAGGACAGGUGAAACUUGCUGACUUUGGGUCUGCUUCCAUAGCAUCUCCUGCCAACUCAUUUGUGGGGACGCCAUAUUGGAUGGCCCCAGAAGUGAUUUUAGCCAUGGAUGAAGGGCAGUAUGAUGGCAAAGUAGAUGUUUGGUCUCUUGGAAUUACCUGUAUUGAGUUAGCGGAAAGGAAGCCUCCUUUGUUUAAUAUGAACGCAAUGAGUGCCUUAUAUCACAUAGCGCAGAAUGAAUCCCCUACACUACAGUCUAAUGAAUGGUCUGAUUAUUUUCGAAACUUCGUAGAUUCUUGCCUCCAGAAAAUUCCUCAAGACAGGCCUACAUCAGAGGAGCUUCUGAAGCAUAUGUUUGUUCUUCGGGAGCGGCCCGAAACAGUGUUAAUAGACUUGAUUCAGAGAACAAAGGAUGCGGUGAGAGAACUGGACAACCUGCAGUAUCGUAAAAUGAAGAAGCUCCUUUUCCAGGAGGCACACAAUGGCCCUGCAGUUGAAACACAGGAGGAGGAGGAGGAACAAGAUCAUGGUGUCGGCAGGACAGGAACAGUGAAUAGUGUCGGAAGUAAUCAGUCCAUUCCUAGUAUGUCUAUCAGUGCCAGUAGCCAAAGCAGUAGUGUUAACAGUCUUCCAGAUGCCUCGGAUGAUAAGAGCGAGCUGGAUAUGAUGGAGGGGGACCACACCGUGAUGUCAAAUAGCUCUGUCAUUCAUUUAAAGCCGGAGGAGGAAAACUACAGAGAGGAAUCAGAUCCUCGAACAAGGGCAUCAGAACCCCAGUCUCCUCCCCAAGUAUCUCGCCACAAGUCUCAUUAUCGCAACCGAGAGCACUUUGCUACUAUACGCACAGCGUCGCUGGUGACAAGGCAAAUGCAGGAACAUGAACAAGACUCGGAACUCCGAGAGCAGAUGUCUGGCUAUAAACGUAUGAGACGGCAACACCAGAAGCAACUGAUGGCGUUAGAGAAUAAACUGAAGGCAGAGAUGGACGAGCAUCGCCUCAGGUUGGACAAAGAUCUUGAAACACAGCGUAACAAUUUUGCUGCAGAAAUGGAAAAGCUCAUUAAAAAGCACCAAGCAGCCAUGGAGAAAGAGGCUAAAGUGAUGGCCAAUGAAGAAAAGAAAUUUCAGCAGCAUAUUCAGGCCCAACAGAAAAAAGAAUUGAACAGUUUCCUGGAGUCCCAGAAGAGAGAAUAUAAACUCCGUAAAGAGCAGCUGAAAGAGGAGCUGAAUGAAAACCAGAGCACUCCAAAGAAGGAGAAGCAGGAGUGGCUCUCCAAGCAGAAGGAGAACAUCCAGCAUUUCCAGGCAGAGGAAGAAGCCAACUUGCUGAGGCGUCAGAGGCAGUACUUGGAGCUGGAAUGUCGCCGCUUUAAGAGACGGAUGCUCCUUGGCCGCCAUAAUCUGGAGCAGGACCUGGUUCGGGAGGAGUUAAACAAAAGGCAGACACAGAAGGACCUGGAGCAUGCCAUGCUGCUGCGUCAGCACGAGUCCAUGCAGGAGCUGGAGUUCCGCCAUCUCAGUACCAUCCAGAAGAUGCGCUGUGAGCUGAUCCGGCUCCAGCACCAGACCGAGCUCACCAACCAGCUGGAAUACAACAAGCGCCGGGAGCGGGAGCUGAGGCGUAAGCAUGUCAUGGAGGUCCGGCAGCAGCCCAAGAGCCUGAAGUCAAAAGAACUACAGAUAAAGAAGCAGUUUCAGGAUACAUGCAAGAUCCAAACCAGACAGUACAAAGCACUGAGAAACCAUCUGCUGGAGACCACGCCAAAGAGUGAACAUAAAGCUGUCCUCAAACGGCUCAAGGAGGAGCAGACCCGGAAGCUGGCUAUCCUGGCUGAGCAGUAUGAUCACAGCAUUAAUGAAAUGCUCUCUACACAAGCUCUGCGUUUGGAUGAAGCACAGGAAGCAGAGUGCCAGGUUUUGAAGAUGCAGCUGCAGCAAGAAUUGGAGCUGCUGAAUGCGUAUCAGAGUAAAAUCAAGAUGCAGGCAGAGGCCCAGCAUGAUCGGGAGCUGCGUGAUCUUGAGCAGAGGGUAUCCCUCCGCCGGGCCCUCCUUGAGCAGAAGAUUGAGGAGGAGAUGCUGGCCUUGCAGAACGAGCGUACCGAACGGAUACGAAGCCUGCUGGAGCGUCAAGCUCGCGAGAUCGAAGCCUUUGACUCAGAAAGCAUGAGGCUAGGUUUUAGUAACAUGGUUCUUUCUAAUCUCUCCCCCGAGGCGUUCAGCCACAGCUACCCGGGAGCUUCUGGCUGGUCCCACAAUCCUACUGGGGGUGCAGGACCUCACUGGGGUCAUCCCAUGGGUGGCCCACCACAAGCUUGGGGCCAUCCAAUGCAAGGUGGACCCCAGCCAUGGGGUCACCCCUCGGGGCCCAUGCAGGGGGUACCUCGAAGUAGUGCUAUAGGGGUCCGCAACAGCCCCCAGGCUCUGAGGCGGACAGCUUCUGGGGGACGGACGGAACAGGGCAUGAGCAGGAGCACAAGUGUUACUUCACAAAUAUCCAAUGGUUCACACAUGUCUUAUACAUAACUUAAACAAUAACUGAGGGUGGCAAUUCCACUGGAGCUGUCUGCCAACAGAAACUGCCUACAGACACCAGCCCAGCAGCCUCCUCAGUGCGGUGCUGACGUGUGGAAGCUGGGUGCACAUGGAAUAUUGUAUUCAUUUUGUAAAGCAUUACGUUUUGUGUUUACUAACUGGGAUGUCAUAGUAUUUGGCCGCUGGGUUUUGGGGGGGGGCGGGUGGAUUUUUUGGUUUUUUUUUUUUUUGUUGUUGUUUUUUACUUUUUGGAGGGGUCUUGGGAGGGUGUCUGAGAAAUAUAUGCAAUUAGUCAGAAGAGUUGGCUGGUGGUCGUCACACUGACAGGACAGAAGGGCCUCAGACUGCCCUCGUCACGCCAUCCGUAGGAAGUCUGAGGGAAAACGGAGACCUCCUCCCAUGUCCCUAAAUUUCGAACUGCCACCCUGCAAAAACCAGGCAAGCUGCCUUUAAACCAACAUCCAGGGGAGGAACAGCUGGGUCUUCUGUUCCCUUUUUAUUUGUCACUAAAUUGGGUAAAUUUCUAGGGUAUUGCCUCUGCCAAGAGGCAUUUCCAAAUUGGUAGGUGAGGAAGAAGGGUGAGAAGAGAGGCCAAGAGACACCAGGGCUCAGCAGGGCCCUUCUACCCAAGUGCCCGCUCCGUGUCGUGUAAGAAGUGAUGUUCUCUCAGAAGGCCCUGGUCAGCUUCCCCAGAGCUGCUGUAGGUAAACCUGCCUGGAGGGAACAGGCUUAGAAGUGUUUGAAGUUGAAUCCCUGCUUUGGCACUCCCUGACUGUGCUGCUGGUAGCUCAGAUGAGGUUGGGCAGAGGAGCGUAAGUAAUGCACUUGUACAGCUAAUACUGUGACAUCUCAUUUUAGCUAAGCAUCAGAAUAAUUCUUGGAGCCCAGCGUAGUCCUUUUUGCUCCAUUCAGAAAUGUUUAGACUUUCAGCCAAUCAAUCUCAAAUGCCAGAGGUAUUUUGAAGGAUGCCAUAGUCACAAAAUGCCAUCGAUCGGGUUUUUCAUUAUUACACUACAUCCACCAAUUUAUUACCUUUUUGGCUUGUUGCAAUUUCCUGUUUACAUGUAGAGUGUAGCCAACUGUUUAAAUGUUUAGUUGCCACGGUGUACCAGGAGGAGCUGAGCCAAUGACUCUUUCCCAGCUGAUGACUAACCCACAUCACCACUGUAGAUCUUGCUGCAUGUGAGGCUCCUUUUUGUUAUUUCCAUUGCUGCAAUACUUCACAACUCUUACAGUCCCUUGAGAUGCUGUGAUAUUUUGGCAGCAUACCAUGCGAUAAGGCACUACUUCCAGAGGCUCGUUGGAGCUGCUGUACUACUGAAAGGAAGCAAAGGAGGUUGUGAAAUCCAUAGGGCGAUAAAGGGGUCAGGGAGUCUCGUUUAACCGAGUGACUUGGUGGCAUCGUGUCAUCCCUUGGUGCUGGGAACUGGAGAUGCCCCCGUGCUCUCGUGCCAGUGCGAGCUCUGGGUCAGCCAGCACUGUGGGGCGAGGGGAAAGAGCAGGUAGAUGAAGUUUGGCUUAAGGCAAAGGUGUCCGUCUUGGGGGGCUGACCAGCCAGGGUUCUUUGUAAAUGUUUUUCCUUGCACACUAAUCAUCUUGAAGAAAACACUAGCUGCUAACUCUAGGAUUUGCCUUUAAUAUGUUUAUAGGGCUCAAAAGCGAGGUUUUCCGAAUGUGUUUGUCCAUGUGACAUAUUUAUAUAGUAACUACUCUAGUGUCUCGCUGCUGUUCAGUACUCGACAGGGCGACGUUCUUUCGUUAGCUAAAUUAACAUCCACUCCCAAUCCUUAACUCUCUGCCAGUGUCCGGUGAAUCCAACUGGGAUUUCUAGCAUCUUGACGUAGCAUAUCACUUGAAUCAAAGAUGGAAACUUCACCAAAACAUGUUUGAGCAGCCCCUUAGUAAGGAGCUUUGUAGUACUAAUGGUUGAUGGAAGCCUGGGAUGAGGCGGUGGUCCCAUGGAGGUGACUGUGGUUGCUCUCCCGGAGCAAGUGGUGACUGUGAAUUGUCCUGUUCUUUCCUCUGCUAUGUUUUUAUGUGGAAUUGGAUGUUUUGGGGUCAUUCUUUUGCAUUGCAGUGUUGUUGAAAUGCAGCGAAACUGAUUUAGGAAAGGUACCUGUGUUUUCCUGGGGUUAGCAAGACAGGCAACCAUGAAAUGAAAGGCCAAAAUUGCCUUGGGAUUUACCAUGGGAGUGUAGAGGGUGUGCCCAGAGCAUGGUGCUAACACAGCGUUUGGAAGUUCAGCUCCUCUGUCACAAACAGCAGCAGCGACAGCGGGGACAGGCUAUACCUGCAAGUUCAGUGGGUUCAUUCUUUUGCUUCUGUUAUGGUUUGAAUUUGGUCAAAGUCUCUGGCUUAAAUUGAGCUACUUCAACAGAAUUCUCUCAACCCAUCUCUUUGUGUAAUGUUGAGCAUGACUGAAUGCUGAAUCCAAAUGAUGGCUAUCCCAUAUUGGCUUUUUUUUGUAUUCAAAAAGAAUUGUGUAGUAACCAUUUUUACAUGUAUAUCAUGUGCAGACCUGGACUAUUCCAACAAGUUAAUAUUUUAAUUAAAAUAGUUUGCAAAAACUGAUUCAGAUCAACUGGUCUAAAUGUGUGUGUCCCUGUGUGUACGUGGGGGAAGGAAAGCUGUCCCAAAGCAGCCUGAUCUCAAGGGGAAGCACCCCAUUAUGCAGCUGUAGCCAGAUGGGUCAGGGUCAGGCUGUGCCUUGGAGGUGAAUGAGGAGGCCCUUGGUGUUGAGAAUUUGAAUGUAUCUUGGGUAUAUCUCAGAUACAUGAACACCACCACACCAGAGAGGUGCAAACACUCUCUCUGAAUCAGUUUGCAAACUCUGCUUUUUAAAAGUAAGCCCAACUACUCAUUGCAGUCAUGCCCUAACUUUGGUUUUAAAAAUACUGUAAUCUGUAAAUUGUGCGAACUACUCCAGUACCUCAGCAAAGAUGUUCUCUGACAUCUUUUAUGUUCGUAUUUUAACACUGGGGAAACUCGUCUGUGUGGACUACUUUGCAAACUUCAUUGCAGUGUUUUCACUUGACCCCUUGACCAGCUUGACCCCUGAAAUCUCUUAUUCUGUCGUUAUUUUUCUCCCCCCUUUGCAAAGACCUGAAGUUCUGAUGUAGUUUAGCCCAGAGAUGAAAACAACAGAGGAGCCAGCAUUUUAACCUCUUUCUGGUUCAAAUUUCUUUUGAUUUUAAUUAAAAUCAGUGAAAGGGACCACGUUUUUCUUGCUCUCCGUGGCCCCAAGGAGUCAGCAGCCCCCUCUCCCUUCCAUGUUACGUGCUUUCUUCCUCAGAUGCAGCACUGAAAUGGAGGCCACAGCUCUGUUUCACCUGCAUUCACUCCAAGCCCAAGAGCUUCAAGGGGGUUGAAGAACUAAAUGUGGUCUGAUACCAGGCUUUCCACAGAAAAUUAUUCCCUGCAGCCAUUCCUUGCCUGGCUUGUGGCCAGGCUGGCAUUGCUCUAUCCCAGCCAUCCCUCCCACUCCAGGACAUGCAUUGCACACUAGCUGUAGCCUGCACGGGGUGCAUCCCGCUCCAUCCUGGGAUGAUGCUGUUCAGGAACACCCCCAGCUUAACGUGCCAUUUCUUGAGAGGCAAUAAAUUGUAUUGUACCACUGUCUCCCAUUCCUCCGUUGAAUACGCACAUCUCUCUGGAUAUAUAUAUAUGGUAUCUCAUGUGUAUAUAUUUACUCUGUACGUACGUGUGUGUGGUGUACGUGCACACACACCUCACGCUGUGCAUUUCUGGCAGGGCACUUCAGUUCUGCUGUUCUAUACACUCCUGUUGAUGAGCAAAGGCAACCCCUGCAGCGGGGCUCUCGAGGGUGAGGGCAUGAACAUCUGCUUCAGUGCUGCCCUGCUCAUUGUAGCUUGCUGUUUCUGGAGCACGGGAGGGUCGGAUACAGCUGCUGUGAAGGACAGAAGGGAGCUCCCAGAGGGUACCAGAAAGUCAGAAGACAGCAGAGAGGAAAACACAAUGGUUUAGCGAUAGGAAAGCAGUUGAGGUGAUGUGGGGAUCUGCUGGGGAGGGGGCCGGGGCAGUGCUGAGCUCUCAGUGCCCCCCCCAGCAUCUUGCCAUGAAGGAUCACAAGUCUUGGCACUUGCUUUUGGCAUUCCUGAGGUGAAGGCACCGCUAACUCCCAACACUGUCUACCCUUGUGUGCGUCUAAUAGCUGGAGUAGGUUCUGGGGAGGGUCAGAAGAGAAGCUAAAUUGGAAGACUUAAAAUAUGUGUGUGUGUGUGUACAACAUAGACAUGUAUGUGCACACACAGACAGUUUAGGUCCGUUCCUUAUCCUGCUUAGGCAUGUGUCUUUGGUUACUUGGUGGCAGAGAACAGUCUUGUUCUUCUCCUGGGUGCUUGCUCUGCAUUUCUGGUCAAUCUUGCCCUGCUCUUUCUCAUAGUAGAGGGGUGAGUGCCAUGCUGGACACCACGAGCUCCUCAAGCUGUGAAGAUCCUUCUGACCUUCUGCUGUGUCCUCUAUAGACCCCAUCUUAGUGAGACUUCUGGUAGUUCAGGGGAUAGAUAAAUAGUUCUUGCAUGUGUCAAGUCACACGUAUUCAUCCAGCUGUGAUAUUUACCCCUGGGGAAGCCCAGCCACCUCAGCAGCGUGCCAACAUGGGCUCUCUUUGUGCUACCAGAGACUUUGGAGGCAAUUUCCCCCCACAUCCCUUUCGGAAGGUCUCUUAGGAGUUCUUUAGGUGAGGCUCGGGUUUGGUUGGGACAUCCUCACCCUUUCACAAGGACUUGUGUCAUCUUUAGCUGUGGGCAGUGAGCCCAGAGCCACAUGCCAAGGCUGGAGGAGUGGGGCAUGCCUGGACAGGGCUUCUGGUUGGUGUCCCUCUGCUGUGUUGGUUUUAGCUUGCACUUCUUUGAGUUGAUUUGAGUCGGAGUCUGUUGAGAAAUACAUGUGAGGCGCUUUGGAGGGUUGCGGGUAGCUGUUUGUAGCCAAAAAAACCCCCACCAAAACCCAAGCUGAUCGAUCUAGUGGUUGUAGUAAACAUCACCCCAGCAGGGAACGAUGGCAGCAGAUAACCCUGGUUCCUGUUGCACAAUGAGGUUCAGCCAGCUGGGGCCAUGACACUGCCGGCUGCAUCCCUGCCCCUUCUCCUGGGGAAGGAGAGGCCUUGGUCAGCUAGAGAGGGACUUAGUAAAUCGGAUUUGCUGGCAAACAAGCACCUUAACCACCGAGCUGUGGGUCUUGAUACUUGCACUUCACCUGAAGGCUCCUUUUGGAGGGGGAGGAAGGCACUUUGGUACGUGACCGUUGGCUUUGCAUCCAUUAAAACAUCCUAAAGCCGUGUCCUAGGGAAAAACCAAACCCCACCAUCGGUUCCCUCUCUCCUUUGCUUUCUCUGAGUGCACACACUGAGUCCAGGAACCAGGAGGGCCGAGCGUUGUCCCCACGGAUGUGAACAAACCCAGGGGGGACCUUCGCCCCUCCGGUCCCCUGCCCCGCUCCCCACCCUUGAGUACGGGUACCUCAGAACAUGCACAGAUUGACUUUUCACUGACAAUGAGCUCGAAUUAUUGUGGGUGAAAAGAGUUGUAAUUACCUGUAAAUAUGUAGUUAACAAAUUGACCUAGUUUCUGUAUUUUUUAAGUUUUUGUACUAAAAUUUAUAGAUACAGUAUGUGCCAGCUAGCAAAAAGCUACUGUAAUUGCCAGUCGUAGUUCAGCAUGCAUCUAAUCCCGAGACUUGUCCAAGUGAUGCCGUAAGGAAUUGUGCUUAAAUAUUGCGAGCUGGGGCCGAUGGGGCCGUGGGGGGGGACGGGGAGGCCAAUGGCCACUCGCCUGGGCUUCCAGCUUCCAGCCUUCAGCUGGGUUUUCCAUGUGGAAUGUUCCCCCCAUCGCGCCGUGUGCUGUGUAUGGGGCAGUGCGAGGGAUGGAGCGGUGGCUUUGAGCUUUCUCUGGAGCUGAACUCGACCGAGUUCAGGUUCUUUGCUGCAGUUUAAUACCGGCUUAGGACUCUUUUAUUUUUCAGCCCUCUCUAGAAACGAUCUGUUUUCCCUUUCUGACUGCUUUUGUCUUUAAACCCGAGAUCAUCUAAACCUACUGGAGGGAAAAGAGAGAAAAGGAACAAAAAAGAAAAGGAAAAAAAGACUUUCAUUUAAGGUCGUUGCCUGCUUUCAGUGCCAGGAUCACUCAUUUCUAUGGCAACUCUGAGCUCAGCAGAGUUUAGGAAUCAGCACAGGGUUGUGAAGGAGCUGAAGUGCUGCUGCUUCUGCAGCAGGGCGAGCCUGUGGGUGCGAUGCAGUGGGUCUCGGUGCACCAUAAACCCUGCUGCUAAGCGAGGGGUUGGGCUCCUCGUGCUUCCGAGGAAUGGAGGAAGGACCUGUGCUCCUUGCCUUGUGGCAGAGGCACGUCUGCAAGUCGACAUGAGCUUUGUUGAGCAGCCCGGGAAGCUGCGGGCAGAGGAGUUUGAGGUCCGGUCAUCCUGGAGGUCGUAGGGGAGAUGGGAGCUUGUAAGGAUUCAUGGAUCACGUACGGGUUUGGCUUCUGGCAAGCAAACCACCCGCUUCCUUUCUUCAGCUUUUCUUCCCUCCUGACCCCCCCCGCAGCUCUUCCCCCCCCCCCCCCGCUUGCUUGGAACAGGAACAUUUCUUACCUGCCUAGAAACAGCUAAAAGAUAUUUGGGGAGGGGUGGGGAGGGAGGGUCAGCCCUGAUGUAAAUAAUUAACGUUGCAAAGUGAAGUGUGUAUAACAUAAAAGGCUACAGCCCUUUGGUGACUUGUAUAAAUGCUUGAGAAGGUUGUGGGAGGAGAUGGAGGAACAGAGAGACCUGCCCGGGGCUCUGCAGCCGUGGCUGCACCGACACCAGUGGGUCGGGAAGGGGGGACCUUGCGUCCCUCAUGUGGGAUCCCCCGUGGUUUAGAGGAUGGGAUGUGUGCGAUACGGAUAGGAGAAGCUGUGUGAGGUGUGUAUAGUGUAUAUUUUUUACAAAUAGCUUGCUUGUAUUGUGAAGAUUUUAAAGACAAACUUGAGAAUUCUAGCCUAACUAUUAACACAAGUUUAACAUCAGUUACCCCACUGGGUUCAGAGCCUCUUGAAUGUAUAUUCCUUUUUGUAACCUAAAUGACCUAUUCUUCUACCAGUCAGCCAGACAUCCUAUUUAUAUUUUUAAUUUUAUAUAUUACUUUUCCAUUUGUUCUCAUUAUUUCCAGCAUGUUUCUGGGUUUGGUUUUUGUUUGGUUGGGGCCGGGGGGGGUUGGGGGGGUGGUGUUUCUUUUUUUUUUUGCACAAGCAUUGUGUGAAGUCAAGGAAAUAUUAACUCAAACCUGGUGUUUUCCAACCUGUUCCCCCCUUCCCCUUCCUCUCCUCCACCCCUGGUGUGUUCUUUUUUCCCUUCUUCCAUCACCAGGUUGGGGUUUUUCUGGGCUGGGAUGCAGCGGGUGGGAGGAAGGGGAUGGCUCUUUUUCCAUUCACAAAUGCCAGGUCUUUUUGCCAGUCAACUCAAAAGCGCUUCACUCGCUGAUUGCUUUAAAGGGAAAAAAAAAAAAAAAAGAAGAAAAAAUAAGUGAAAUAAAACAAAAAUAUAACCUUAUCAGUGCGGGAGGAGGGGAAGGGCACACCUGUAGCCUCACAACUGCUUUGGCUGCGAAACAAGCGCCAGCCCUUUCCCGGCGAGCAGAUAACCGCGAGGCAGCUCCGACCCUGUUCAUGUGCACAACCCCAAGAGCUGCCUCUGACAGCAAACGCUGUUGCUGCUUUUCCUCUCCUCCUCCUCUUCCUCUCCCCCUCCAUCAGGAGGUCCCGGCUCACCACCAAGAGCUCGCCCAGCGCCGUGGCAUCCCCCAGCUAUAGCAAACCCCGGGUGCCACGUGGGUUUUAUCGGUGCCAGAGAGCAUUAGUGAUUAAUCAACCACACACACAUAUCUGCUGUUUUACUAUGAACACUGGUCUGAGGUUUCCAGGCCCAGCGCCGUGGUGAUGGGCCCACGAAGGAUUGAACUAGGGGAAUUAAAAACUCCUUUCCUGCUUCCGUGUCUGGUAGCACCAGCUGGUAUGAGUGAACCUACAGGUGUGCGUUUUCCUUCUGGUAGAAAAUGCCACGAGCACUAACUGGUAAGGCUUAAUGUACAGUAUAUUGUCAGUAUUCUGGUAUUCUUCUGGUUCAACAUACAUUAUAGCUCCUAUAUAACCUGUAUUAAUUGUAUAGAUUGUGCAUUUAAAAAAAAAAAAAUAAAAAAAAAAAAAAAAAGAAAAGCUGUUACCAAGUUGUCAGAAAA